CUGCCAACAGUGCGACUCCGCCAGUGGUGGUCUGCACACGUGGUGGUACCGGGAGGAGGGAGGCGGCUGGUACACACCUCAUACACAACCACACCACCAACCCGAGCAACAGCGUGCCGGGAUUAUAUGUCUCCCGGGCCUAGUUAUGCUCGCCUGACUCAACCGCCGCUUGGGAAUAUACAUAGAACAUUUACGGUUGGGGAAAAUUGUGUUAUGUUUAGUUUUUAAUGUGAAUUGGAAAACUACAAUUUUUGUGCAAGUAUUGAAGGAGCAGUGACUCAGGGGAGUGUGUGUGUGUGUCUGAAGGAGGCAGCAGGCGACCCCCAGCACUGCACUUCAAGCAGACCCCUUCAACACUGCACAUUCAUCUGAUCUGCUGGGGUGAUUAGCGUGCCACAACCUGAAGUCUUGUCGAGCCUCACUUUGUCGACCCAGCCUGGCUACAGUGCCACCGUAUAGUGGCACCUCAACACAAAGGAAGGAUGACGUUGCUGAGUUCAGGGGAGGGCGAGAGCAGCGAGGCCAUCCUCGAGUGUCCUGUCAUGGGCGAGUCGUCGCUGCUAUCUCCCAUUAACUCCGUCACACACCAUGCUGAUUCCAAUGGCAGCGUCGGCACUGUCAAGAGUCACAACCAAAUCGAUAAAGACAGUGUGAGCAACAGGAUCCAGCACAGAGUUGCUUGUGCAAGGUCGACCAAUAAGUGCGAGGUUAAAGUGUCACCCCGCAUGAAAGAGCUCCUCGAAGGUCUUAAUGAACCUGGUGAUUCCGGCAACCUUCCUGAGGUGCCAGACUGGCUGGAUCGCCAGCUCUUCGACCGUGGUCGGCAAUUCUACCGGCGUUAUCUUUUCUGCAUUUUCUUCUCUGACCUGUUAGCUCUACUGAUGAUGUUCAGCAUUAGCCGAAUAUUGAGGCCGUUGAUGUACACAGAGCGGUCCAACACGUCACUGCGAGCUCUACGUCGUUAUGUCUCCACCAUAAUGCACAUCAUAACCUGGUACUCUGGUGACGCCUGGGACCCCAACGACCGCGCCCACAAGGACAUCAUGACAGUCCGUUCCAUCCACAACAACUCUGCUCGCAUCUUAAAUUCUUCUACUCACUAUGACAAAGUUGGAGUCAUUGAUGUGAGAAGCCAGGGUCACGAAGAGCCCAAGUGCCCACUACACCCUACUAUCCGCCAAGACCUACAGCCUCAGGUUAUGCCUGGCUUGGUACUUGAGACUCCUAGUAACCCACCUGUUUACAUCAGUCAAUGGGAUAUGCUGAUAACCCAAUACUCGUUUUUGGGCAUGAUAGUAGCCCACCCCUGCAGGAUGGGUGCCUGGUGGGCCUCGGAGGAGGAGCUGGCCGGCCUCGUCCACUUCUGGCGAGGGAUCGGAUGGCUCUUAGGAAUCAAAGAUAAGUACAAUUUUUGCAGUGGAACGGUGAAAGAAACUCAGACACUCUGCACAGAGAUUGAGCAGCUGGUGAUCAAGCCAAGGAUAGCCGAUGCUAACUGGAGCUAUGAGCACAUGUCCUCCUCCCUCAUUGAAGGUAUGAACCAUAUGGUCCCUGCCCUCUCCUACCCUGCCAUGUUUCGCUUCUUGGCUGACACUCUGGGUAUGGCCGUGCCAGCCUUCGCCAAGCGCAUGAGCCUCUACCACUCCUUCCAGUACUGGCUCAUGCGCUUCGUUUUCCACGUGUUGUUCCUCGUGCCAGGCAUAGUUCUUCUCUUCAACGAACUGCUCAAGCUGGCUCUCAAAAUAAUUCAAAACCAGACACCAUUGCGGUUUUCUAACACUCGGCCUGAGAUCACUGUCACGCCCUACACUUAUACUUGAUGAGGAUUGCCUAACCUAAGAUACUCUUAGUAACUGGAUACUUUCGCAGAAGUGUCGUUUUUCACAAAUUCAUCUUUCAGUGUGGCAUUGGGGAUGCCUGUCUAUUAUGCCAUGACACCAGUAUCAAGUACUCAGCUUUUACUCGAACUUGUUGGAAAAGCAACUCAGUUUGUGUUGAAUGGCCUUUGGACAAAACCAACCCUGACAAUCAACGGCUGGAAAAUACUCUUACAGAAUCACAUGUACGCAGCUAAUGGUGGAAUAUAUCCCUCGCUAGUUUCAGGCACAAUUUAUGGAGGCAUGGAAAGGGAAACUUGUUUUAUCUUAAUGCGAAAGAGGCUCUUGGCUUGUCGAUUGCCAAUUUUUUUCUCGGUAAACUGGGCCGUUGUGUAGUGAGAAGUUUGUGUAUGAGGAUAGCGGGGUCCAUACUUCAUACUUUUUUUUCAACGCUUUCUAAUGGGACACGUUGUUUUAGCAGAAGAGUGCACUCCCAGUGGGCUACACCAUCCCAGACAAGACGCCAAGAAUAAUAAUUAUAUACUGUACGCAUAUUCAAACCUGGGAUUAUUAAAAAGAAAGAUGGCCGAGGGUAUGAUUAAAGUGAAUUUAAUGAAGUAAAAGAAGAAAUGCAUGAUAUUGUCCCUUCUCCACGCCACAGAAAUAUGCCAACAGACUGUAAGGAUGAUAUUUUUUUAAUAAAAAGCAUGACGUUGAAAAGAGAUCUGGUGUGUCGAGUCUAUGAAAUGUGUUAUACUUAGGCUUUUCUUGAACAAUUACAAUAUUUCGUCAUUUAAUGAUUACAGAUGGACUCGAGCCUUGUUUUAAGUUAAAUGUAUGUUAAACUUCUUUUCAUAACAUGUAUAAUUAUAUGUAAACUUUUGUGAAAUUUAUUGAUCUGAAUUGCCUCUUGAUGUAUGUAUCUUAAGAAUGUGCAAAAUACUUUUAUAGCAAUUUAGAUUAAUAUUACAAUCUGUAGCUAUAAGACAAAGAUAAAAUAUUUUAAUACUGUGAAAAAAUGUGUAUCUUUCUCUUUUAUGAUUUUAAUUUUAGUUCAUUUAUUACCUUCAUACCUAUUCAUAAGAACAAAUCCACAAGGGCCGUGACGAGGAUUCGAACCUGCGUCCGGGAGCAUCCCAGACACUGCCUUAAUCAACCUAUUCAUAGUAGUGGAAAAGGUUAUGGAGACACAUGGGCUCAGGAACUGAACCCUAAAAUUCAUUUAGUACGCAAAAUAGCAUUGAUGAGCUAGUUAUAGUGUUUAAUAACAUAUUCAUCAAUGGUCUAUUUACAGUUUAUUAAAGUAACAUCAUUGUGAUCCUAUGAUUUAAGAAUAAUUGUGUUUUAGUUAUGUUGCCGCUUCCUAGAUGGCGCUAAUACCGGACAACUAAAUGUUCACACUUCCGUUAAGGAAGUUGAAGUUCUUGAUCUCAUUCACCUUCAAUACUCAAGCCCUCAUUAGUCCAAAUCUUUGAAUGGUAAUUAUAAAACUAACAGAUGGCUUCUCUGAAAUUCUGUACCUUUACAUUGUAACUAAAUUGUCUUGAAGAAAAAAGAACACAUUAAUUAUCUAUUGGUUAAUCCUGACAUUAAUACCAUAAGUUACUAAAUAUUUUCUCUUCGUUAGUCUCUCAAUUGUUUAUCUUGACCUUGUAUACAAUUUAGAUUUGUGUGUCGUCUUUUUCGUAGGAGGACCAAAGUCGACUAGCCAGUACCAUGACCGUUGUUGUGUAAGAUGUUUGUGACGAAUACAUUAUAUGAUUGAUGAAGAUUAAGCAACCCAAAAGGUGGCACGGGCAUGAAUAGCCCGUAAGUGGUGGCCCUUAUGAGCCAUUACCAGCAUCAAGAGCUGAUACUGGAGAUCUGUGGAGGUACGACUGCAGAGAUGUCUCCCGUACGAAUACAUUGUUAUACAUUGUGUAAUAUACACAGUAGGUUGACAUUUCACCUAAGGGUGGUAUCAUACACUUACUAUGCACAGUGAAAUGCAAGUGUUCCAUUUGUGUGUGUGUACUUGUUCCUUCGUAACACUUGAUUUUGAUCAUUACCGUACUUGUGUACUCAUUUGAGUGUGCGUACUCACCUAUAGUUGUGCUUGCGGGGGGUUGAGCUUGGGCUCUUUGGUCCCGCCUCUCGCUCACAUGUUUGAAUGUGCGUGCAUGCACAAGUUUGAGUGUGCCAAAGAAGCUGUAUGGCAGACAGAUAUACAGCUUUCCGCACCACUGUCAACAUGAUGAUGAAUUUUUAGAUCAAUUUCAUACGUCAUAUUUAUAUGAGCCCCUCAUAUAAAUUCCUGUAUUCGGCUUCAUGUAUAGAAGUUCAGUCUCAGUCAUUACUAUGUUAAACCAAGCACUAAUCUCUUACAAAUAAUCGAGGAGGAGAAUGUACUAAGAAAAUGUUAGUCUUCUUAGGCAAUGUCAGUGGAAGGAUUCCAUGUGGAUAUUAUUUUCUGUGUACAAAGAUGAUUGAGUUAUGACAAUCAUAUUAGCAGUACUAUCAGCGUCCUGGCUGUGAUUACCAAGGUCUAUGUAACAAUAAUAGAAAUUAAGUUGUAGGAAACAUUGUAAUUUAUUAUUUUGGAACAAUAUAACGUUUGCAUUAUAUAUGAUUGUACAAAUACUGUAAUAACCACUUCACUUCUGCUAAUUAUAAAGUAAACUCAGGUUUAUUUUCUUAUUAUAGUGUGUUGUGAAGACGUUUACAUGCAAUAUAAUAAAUAUAUAUAAUAUAUAUAUAUAUUAUAUAUAAAAUAUAAUAUAUAUAAUAGAAUAAAAGUCAGUAUAUA